CCCGUCCCGCCCCCCUGCGCGCAGUCAGCUGAGCCCCGCCGCGGCCACCACCGGAGCCCGGUGUUCCCCCCCCCCACCCCGGCCCCGGUGUCGCCCCCCCCCCAUCCCUUGCCCCCCCCCCCCCCGCGGCAUCCUCUGUCCCCGCAUCCUCGCUGCCACCGCCACCUGCAGCGGCUGUCCGGCCGUUUUGUCCGGCCCCCCCCUCCCCCCCCUCCCAUACUCCCUCGUUUCCUUGCGCCCCCCCCCCCCCACCCCGGCACGACCCCCCCCCCAGGCACCAUGGCCCCCAUCGGACUCAAGGCUGUGGUCGGAGAAAAGAUUAUGCACGAUGUGAUCCGGAAGGUGAAGAAGAAGGGAGAAUGGAAGGUGCUGGUGGUGGACCAGCUCAGCAUGCGCAUGCUGUCCUCCUGCUGCAAAAUGACCGACAUCAUGACGGAGGGCAUCACGAUCGUGGAAGACAUCAACAAGCGCCGGGAGCCGCUGCCCAGCCUGGAGGCCGUCUAUCUCAUCACGCCCUCCGAGAAGUCCAUCCACUCCCUCAUCAACGACUUCAAGGACCCCCCCACCUCCAAGUACAGAGCUGCCCACGUCUUCUUCACUGACUCCUGCCCCGACGCCCUCUUCAACGAGCUGGUGAAAUCCCGAGCUGCCAAGGUCAUCAAGACCCUGACCGAGAUCAACAUCGCCUUCCUGCCCUCCGAGUCCCAGGUCUACUCCCUGGAUUCGGCCGACUCCUUCCAGAGCUUUUACAGCCCCCACAAGGCCCAGAUGAAGAACCCGAUCCUGGAGCGGCUGGCGGAGCAGAUCGCCACGCUGUGCGCCACGCUGAAGGAGUACCCGGCCGUGCGGUACCGCGGGGACUACAAAGACAACGCCAUGCUGGCGCAGCUCAUCCAGGACAAGCUGGAUGCCUACAAGGCUGACGACCCCACCAUGGGCGAGGGCCCGGACAAGGCUCGCUCCCAGCUCCUCAUCCUGGACCGCGGCUUUGACCCCGCUUCCCCGGUGCUGCACGAGCUGACCUUCCAGGCCAUGAGCUACGACCUGCUGCCCAUCGAGAACGACGUCUACAAGUACGAGACGAGCGGCAUUGGGGAAGCCCGGGUUAAGGAGGUUCUCCUGGACGAGGACGACGACCUCUGGGUCUCCCUUCGCCACAAGCACAUCGCAGAGGUGUCCCAGGAGGUGACGCGGUCCCUGAAGGAGUUUUCAUCGAGCAAGAGGAUGAACACAGGCGAUAAGACCACCAUGAGAGACCUGUCCCAGAUGCUGAAGAAGAUGCCGCAGUACCAGAAGGAGCUCAGCAAGUACUCCACUCACCUGCACCUGGCUGAGGACUGCAUGAAGCACUACCAGGGCACAGUGGACAAGCUCUGCAGAGUUGAACAGGACCUGGCCAUGGGCACCGAUGCCGAAGGCGAGAAGAUCAAGGACCCCAUGAGGGCCAUCGUCCCCAUCCUGCUGGACGGGAACGUCAGCACCUAUGACAAGAUCCGCAUCAUCUUGCUGUACAUCUUCCUGAAGAACGGUAUCACCGAGGAGAACCUGAACAAGCUGAUCCAGCACGCCCAGAUCCCGGCAGAGGACAGCGAGAUCAUCACCAACAUGGCCCACCUCGGGGUGCCCAUCAUCACAGAUUCCACCCUGCGCCGCCGGAGCAAGCCGGAGCGGAAGGAGCGGAUCAGCGAGCAGACCUACCAGCUCUCCCGAUGGACCCCCGUCAUUAAGGACAUCAUGGAAGAUGCCAUCGAUGACAAGCUGGACACCAAGCACUACCCGUACAUCUCCACCCGCUCCUCCGCCUCCUUCAGCACCACCGCCGUCAGUGCCCGCUACGGCCACUGGCACAAGAACAAGGCCCCCGGCGAGUACCGCAGCGGCCCCCGCCUCAUCAUCUUCAUCCUGGGGGGGGUGAGCAUGAACGAGAUGCGCUGCGCCUACGAGGUGACGCAAGCCAGCGGCAAGUGGGAAGUGCUAAUAGGGUCCACGCACAUCCUCACCCCACAGAAACUGCUGGACACGCUGAAGAAGCUCAAUAAAACAGAGGAGGAAAGCAGCAGUUAAAAGGAAACGCCGCCAGCGACCCGACGCCGACUGCACCCCCACCCACACCCCCGCCGGGCACCCGGCCCAGGGCGCGCUCCCGUGCCGAACCGCGUCCCCGUCCCUGUCCCCGUCCCCGUCCCCAAACCCAACCCGACCCCGGCCCGGCCGAGCUUUCUCUCUUGUUCUUGUGUUGAGCCCCCCCCCGCUCCUUCCCCGUCUCAUUCUGACCGCAGGGAAGGGACACCAGAUGCAAGCGCAUCAAGAGGGGCGCUGCAGCGUGGCUAAAGAGGAAAAGAAACAAUAAUAACAUCCGCAUCCCGAGCUGCCGCUGUCUGAGCAGCUCGCUUCCCAGUAACCCGCAAACGGCGGCGACAAAAAACAACAGGAAAAAACACCAAAAAAAAAAAAAAACCCUCCCUGAAAUUUUCACUCCUCCUUGGGUUCCUGCAGGGACGGACGGACGGAUGGACAGCCGGCCGCCCCUCCUGCCCCGCAUCGCGCCCGUGCUGCUGCUGGCGGUGUUUCCCCCCCGGCUCAUUUUGGGGUAGAAGCCCCCCCCCGGUGCCCUUUCCCUUGUUUUUGGGGGCGGCUGCCCCCCCAGAUGUGCGUGCCAACAUCUGGCAGGGGACGGGGGGGGCUCUGCCCCACGCUGCCCCAAAUCCCCACGCAAAAAGGGACCAGAACGGUCAAACCCCGCAGACGGGACCCGUUUGCUUGCACGGCCCCUCCCUCCCCGUCAGGCUGCGUACUCCUUCAGAUGACAGAUAUAUAUAUAUAUAUGUAUAUUUUUAACAGGCAGCACACGUAUACACACACAAACAUAUAUA